GACCAUUUUGUUGUAUUGCGCAUAAUAAUAAUAAUAAUAUUUUAAAUAUUUAACCCGAUGUAGCGUUUAAUCGAGAGCAUGCAGUUAGAACCGGUAGCAGCGCGCGCGCACGCACACACACACGUAGUGCUUUAGUCUCGAGCUCGACUAGUUUUAAGUUGAUUGUGAUUUUGUGUGAAGCUCAGCAACUCGACUAGCUUAGCAAGUGCCGAGGAGGUCUUCGUGCCCCCCCCGAGUAUGAGUUCAGAAUGAAGCGGCGUUUGGAUGAUCAGGACGCGGGCUUUGCGGCGCAGCAGCGCAGGCUCCCAGGAGGCACCGAGGGCUUCCAGCACAGGGUUCUGGCUCCAGCUCCAACGGUGUACGAGGCUGUGAGCGACAACGUGCAGCCCACCUCUGGCAUCCAGUACCCUGUACCCCAGAGCUACCAGGUUCCUACUGUGGCUCAGAGCUCUGGAGGUCAUGGUCACGCUCCGAACCCUACUGCUCACGGCAGCUCGCAUCACCACAGCUCUGCUGUACAGCCACACGGCCCUGCACUGGUCCAGAGUCACAGUCACCCACCCAACCCUGCUGCCUCUGCACCCGGCCAGCAGCAGUUCCAGAGACUCAAGGUGGAGGAUGCCCUGUCCUACCUGGACCAAGUGAAGCUCCAGUUUGGAAGUCAGCCACAGGUUUACAAUGACUUUCUGGACAUCAUGAAAGAGUUUAAGUCUCAGAGUAUCGACACCCCAGGUGUGAUCAGUCGAGUGUCCCAGCUCUUUAAGGGCCACCCAGACCUCAUUAUGGGCUUCAACACCUUUCUGCCGCCUGGAUACAAAAUCGAGGUGCAGACCAACGACCUGGUGAACGUCACCACGCCGGGGCAGAUCCACCACAUCACACCACACGGUAUCUCGGUGCAGAACAUCCCCCCAACAACUCCAGCACAGCACCAGAGCCAACUGAGUGCACAAGCCUCCAGUACAGGCACCGCUCCCUCCACACAGCCUUCACAGAAAAACAAGCCGUUGCAGUCUCCAGCACUUACGCCCAGCAGUCAGCCCAAUCCGUCCAUCCCACCGUAUGCCUCGCCCCGUUCCCCACCUCUCCACCCACACACCCCCAUCAGCAGCACCCCCAACGCCCCCCCACUGCAGAACAACCAGCCUGUGGAGUUCAACCAUGCCAUUAACUACGUCAACAAGAUCAAGAACCGCUUCCAAGGCCAGCCAGACAUCUACAAAGCCUUUCUGGAGAUCCUGCACACAUACCAGAAGGAACAACGUAAUGCUAAAGAGGCAGGGGGAAACUAUACACCAGCCCUGACCGAGCAGGAGGUUUACGCUCAGGUAGCACGGCUCUUCAAAAACCAGGAGGACCUGCUCUCGGAGUUCGGCCAGUUCUUGCCGGAUGCCAGCAGCUCCGUGUUGCUGGGCAAGACAACAGCGGAGAAAGCAGAAUCUGUGCAGAAUGAUCAUGGAAGUACGGUAAAGAAGCCACAGCUGAACAACAAGCAGAGGCCGAGUCAGAAUGGCUGUCAGAUUCGCAGACACUCCGGUUCGACUGCAACCACGCCACCAGUGAAGAAAAAGCCUAAGUUACUGAAUCAGAAGGAGUCCUCUGCAGCAGAGGCCAGCAAGCACGGAGUCGGCACGGAGUCCCUGUUCUUCGAGAAGGUGCGGAAAGCCUUACGGAGUGCUGAGGCUUAUGAUAACUUCCUGCGGUGCCUGGUUAUCUUUAACCAAGAAGUGAUCUCGCGCGCUGAGCUCGUGCAACUGGUGCUACCUUUCCUGGGGAAGUUCCCAGAGUUGUUCACCUGGUUUAAGAACUUCCUGGGCUACAAGGAGAUGUCCCACUUAGAGAGCUACCCCAAAGAGCGGGCGACAGAGGGCAUCGCCAUGGAGAUAGACUACUCCUCGUGCAAGAGGCUGGGGUUCAGUUAUAGAGCACUGCCCAAGAGCUACCAGCAACCCAAAUGCACAGGAAGAUCUCCGCUAUGUAAAGAGGUGCUUAAUGACAUGUGGGUUUCGUUUCCUUCCUGGUCAGAGGACUCGACCUUCGUCAGCUCGAAGAAGACUCAGUAUGAGGAGCACAUCUACAGGUGUGAGGACGAACGCUUCGAGUUGGAUGUGGUUUUGGAGACAAACCUAGCCACUAUCCGGGUGCUGGAGUCCGUGCAGAAGAAGCUCUCGCGCAUGUCUGCUGAAGAACAGGCCAAAUUCCGCCUGGAUAACACGCUUGGCGGCACGUCUGAAGUCAUCCACCGCAAGGCCAUACACAGGAUAUACGGAGACAAAGCUCUCGACAUUAUUGACGGACUGAAGAAGAACCCUGCUGCCUCCGUCCCCAUCGUACUUAAGAGAUUAAAGCUGAAGGAGGACGAAUGGAGAGAAGCACAGCGAGGCUUCAAUAAGAUAUGGCGCCAGCAGAACGAGAAAUAUUAUCUCAAGUCCUUAGACCACCAAGGCAUCAACUUCAAGCAGAAUGACACGAAGGUGCUCCGCUCGAAGACCCUCCUCAACGAGAUCGAGAGCAUUUACGACGAGCACCAGGAACAAGCUUCGGAGGAAAACGGGACGCCGGCGAGCGGCCCUCACCUCACCUUCACCUACGAGGACCGGCAAAUCUUGGAGGACGCUGCUGCCCUGAUUAUCCACCACGUCAAGAGACAGACCAGCAUUCAGAAAGAGGACAAGUACAAGAUCAAGCAGAUAAUCCACCAUUUUAUCCCCGACAUGCUCUUCUCUCAGCGAGGUGCUCUGUCAGACGCUGAAGAAGAAGAGGAAGACGAGGAGGAUGCCGAACUCGACGAAGGCGGCUCCAAGAAGCACAACGGUGUAACCGGGAGUCCCAGCAAGUCCAAACUCCUGUUCACCAGCACGCUGGCUCAGAAGCUGCGCUCGUGUGACGACGCCUACAACCUCUUCUUCGUCAACAACAACUGGUACAUCUUCCUGCGGCUGCACCAGACGUUGUGCACGCGCCUCCUGCGCCUGUAUAACCAAGCCGAGCGGCAGAUUGAGGAGGAGCUGAAGGAGCGUGACUGGGAGCGGGAGGUGCUUGGGCUCAAACGGGACAAAAACGACAACCCUGCCGUCCAGCUUCGGCUCAAGGAGCCUAUGGACAUCGAUGUUGAAGACUACUACUCCGCCUUCCUUGAGAUGGUGCGCAAUUUACUGGACGGGAACAUGGAGGCGUCUCAGUAUGAGGACUCUCUGAGAGAGAUGUUCACCAUCCACGCCUACAUCGCCUUCACUAUGGACAAACUCAUCCAGAGCAUCGUCAGGCAGCUGCAGCAUAUAGUAAGCGAUGAGAUCUGCGUGCAGGUCACAGAUCUGUUUCUGUCCGAGAGCAGUAGCAGUGCCACAGGUGGCUCGCUGUCCACACAGGCCACGAGAUCCACCGCUGAGGCGACCUACCAGCGCAAAGCUGAGCAGCUCAUGUCUGACGAGAACUGUUUUAAGCUGAUGUUCAUUAAGAGUCGAGGAAAUGUGCAGCUGACAAUCGAGCUGUUGGACACCGAAGAGGAGAACUCCGAUGAGCAAGGGGACUCAGAGCGCUGGUCGGAUUACGUGGGCCGGUAUCUUAGUACUGAUGUGACGUCUCCAGAGCUAAGAGAACACCUGGCGCAAAAACCCGUUUUUCUUCCAAGAAAUUUGCGGCGGAUCCGGAAGUGUCAGCGGGGAUGUGAACAACAGGUGAAAGAUGCAAAAGACGGUGGAAAGAAGGAGAACGCAGAGAACAUGAAGAUGGAGUGCAUGUUCAAACUCAACUCCUACAAGAUGGUGUAUGUGUUUAAGUCCGAGGACUACAUGUACAGACGCACUGCACUGCUGCGAGCACAUCAGUCACAUGAGCAUGUGAGCACAAGGCUGCACCAGCGUUUCCAAGCCUGGCUGGACGGAUGGCUGAAAGAGCACGUAGGCCGGGACAUGGCCACCGACACCGCCAAGUGGCUGAUGGGGGAAGGGCGUGAAGGGCUCAUACCCUGCACUACGACCUGCAACCCAGAGACACUCCACUUCAGGAACAUCAACAAGUACAGAGUGAAAUACAGCAGCAGCUACAAAACACCGUGAAGCGCUGAAAGCGGGUUAGAUGUUGAUCGGGGGAGGUUUAGUGCGCGGGAGAGGAAAUGGACUUGGCAAGAACUUUCUAAGGACGACAUGACGGCACUCAAAAUCUCUCAUGUCAGACACUAGUGGCGGCUGGCGUACAUCUCGUGUUUUGUUUUUUGUUUUUUAAACAGCAUUUUUAGCUGUGCCCGUGCCCAUGUUUCUAUCCGUGCCAAACCAUGGGAAGAAAACACCAUUUCCAUCAGACUGCAUGAAGUUUAGUCUAGAGCUAAUCUAGAACAGGAGCUGUUCUCAAGUGUGCAGUCCUGCAGAGCUGUCGCAGCCUGAAAAUGAGAAAUUUUGACUGGACAGCUUGGCAGCCAUUACUGUAUUACCGUAAGCACAUGCUGUGUAAUGGAAGACGGUCAGGAUUUAUUCUCCCUCUUUAAAUACAGAUGCUGUUGAACAUGGCGAGGGAAAAACUCGAGACUCAAAUUUAGCUUGGUAUAAGUGCACUUAACUUUGAAUAGACAAAGGAAUAUAUGUAUGUAGUUCUCCAGCCAAGGUUCAGUAAUUCCAUCAGCACUGUCGUUAAAAUAAGCUCAGAUUGUUUCCCAGUGUAAUGACCUUUUCUUAGAAUGAAGAACUCUAAGAAUAUUUUUUUUUUAAGUUCAAAUAAAAAAAAAAGAAAACUAAAAAAUAGAAGAGAGCAAUAAGGAUCAGUGAUGUGGUCUGGUGUUUAGGACAGAAAGUGAUGAAUGAAUGAAUGAAUGAAUGAAUGAAUGAAUGAAGUUUGCAGAUGCUCAAACAAUACAUCAUUUAUGUCAGAAUGAGACGUGAGCAGAGUGUUUGUUGGCCACCCUGGCUGUAAACCUUACAAAGUUGCUGGCAAAGCCCAAUGCCAAUACACCAGCUAGAGCAUACACGCACACACACAUGAAAAUUUACAACAGUGUAUGUUACACAGACACAACAGUUCCCUAUUUGUAAAUAAUUUGUGUAUAUAUAUUUGCCAGCUUUUUUUUUUUUAAAUGACAGAAACCUGUGUAGUUUUUGUUCUCAUGAAACUUUACAGGCUUACUGUGGACUUUAGGAAGAGCGAUGGUUAAAAAGAAAACAUGCAAGAUGAAUUUAUUACUGUUUUUACCAAAGGGAGUUGCUUAUAAUGAUAGUUGUUUCUCUCUCUCUCCCCUCCUUUUUGGUUUCUCCUCUCCCCCAUCCCCAAAUUCUGGUCCUUUUUUUUUUUUUUUUUUAAAUAGUAAAGAAUUGUUAAUUUUGUAAAAGUAGAAAUGUAUCCAGGUUCUUGUUUUUGAAACGUUUUUAUAAGAAAAGAAAAAAAAAACCACAAAGCAAACAUUUUAAUUUUUUGGAAGUUGAAAUUUGGGCUCAUUUCAGCACACGUUAAUCACUGCCUGUUUGGAUAUGCAUCUGUUUCUCUAGUCUGAACACUGAGGAAGCCGAGUGGACAAGCUCACACCGUGCUUGGCUAACCGAGAAGCCCCGCGAAUGUAUUGCACCGCAUAUGUCAUGCGAGGUUUUCUUCUUCACCCUGGAUAGAUUUCUGCUGGAUAAGAAUAUAAAUAUAUAUAUAUAAAUAUAUAAAUAUAUACAUUUUAAAAAUGAAAGUUACAAAAGCAUGUCUUUUUCUGUGGAUCCUCAUAGCCCCUUUAUUUCAAUAUUAUUUAAGAUGAUAAUAAAAGGACAUUUGUAGCAGA